UCUUGGGAUACCGUGAUAGCGGUCGUGAAAGCGGUGUAAUCCGAGGGUGACAUUGGAAUAACGUCUUAACCCAGUUUGGAAGCAUAGAGAUGGAGGAAGAACUAGAGAAGUUUCUGAUGGAGCAAAAGGAGAGGGUGGCCAAGGACAAAGCCAGUCUGUUGCUGCAGGAACCUCCCUAUAUGGAGAUCAGGAGGAGAGGUGUGAAAUUUGAUGAGCUGAAAGAAAACAUUACCCUGCCAUCACAGAAGACAACACACAACAAAGAGGAGUGUGUACGCUUGAGUUUACCUCUAGGAGAGGAGUAUGAAAGAAAAAAACAGCAACUCCAACAGGAGCUGAGGCAGGACUACAGGAAGUACAUGGUACAGAAACAGUGUGCUGAGGACUCAGGAGUAUCCUCUGGUCUCAAACUACCUCCUAAGAUGAAGGAUGCUGCCACUUUGACUACUACACGCCACACAGAGCUGGGCCCAGAAGGCUGUGUGUGUGUGUGUGAGGGUGUGUGUGUGCGUGCCCCUCAGUCCCAUACACACAACACAGGAGUGAGGUCAGGGGGACUCAGUAGUGAGGCGGAGCUUCAGAUCAAACCCAGCAGACGCCACCUGCAGCAGAGGGAGAGAGCACUGGAUGUCAGAGCGUCAGGCGAACACACUUGUUCUACCUGCAAACAGUGGAAAAGGCAGCAGGGUUUGUUUAGAGGUCACCUGGGUGACGAUACUGAGGAAGAGGAGGAGUGGGCUCCCCCCCAGGAACCACGCUUGGCAUUCCAGUCACCCCAUCAAGACUACAGAGUGCAGUGUGUCCCUCCUGGGCCUCCAUCCAUGCUGCAUGGACUGCAGAGACCACCAUAUGAUGAAGUGUACGAUGCCUAUUACUAUGGCUCAGUCCCACCACUGCUUACUGAAGGACCUUAUCUUCCCAGUCAUAAGUACAGAGAAGCCAACGCACAUGAUGGAGUCCCUGCUCUGGGGGUGUGUUCUUCAGUGAAGAGUAGACCCAGCAAAGACGCAGACAUCGCUUACAGAGAAGCCCUCAGGCAACAGAUAGAGGAGAGAGCCCAGCGUAAGCGUGUUGACCGUGAGCAGAGGUGCGAGCAGGAGGCCCGUGAGCAGGCACACUUUAGGACCCAGCAGCCCUGGGGCCGCGGUGGAGGAGGAGCUCCACUCAGGGACAUCACAGGGAACCUCAUCACUGAUCUGAAUCAGAUGCAUCGGCUGAAUGAAGAGGCUUACAUCAAUGGCAGCAAGUUACAGCAAGCCUCAGGUAAGGGGCGUUCACACACUCCUCAGCUUGCCAGCUUGUUUUCUGAGCUUCCUUCAAGUAGUCAGCAGCUGGAACAGGACAAGUACAAAGCCUACCUCAAGCAGCAGAUUGAGGAUAAGCGUCGGAGGAAGGCAGAAGAGAGAGAGGGAGCGAGAGAGAGAGCAGGAGGAGAAGGAGGAGAGGAGGCUGGCUGAGCAGAGAGAGAGAAUCCAGAGAGAAUACCAGGAGGAGGUGGAGAGGAGGAG